UUAAGCCAUAAAUGGUCUCCCUUUAUUUUGGAUAGAGAAAAGAUGUGGAGGGUUAAAAUUUGCCUGUUAGUCUCAUUUUGUAUAGGCCUGAUAGCCGUAUAUUCUGUUAAAAAAUUCUCCAGGGCAGGAGCUGGGAACGUGGGUGUGUGAUUCCUGGGUAGCACGCGUCUUGGGACAGUAACCUAUUACGUACUGAGCAGGGACUGGCAGCAGCAGAGCAGCAGCAUGCCCAUCCUCACCGUACACAACCGGCAGAUCAGCUGGACUCCGCUGCUGGUACUGGGGUAUCUCUUUUACCUCCUCCUGGGUGCCAUGGUGUUCCAGCUGCUGGAAAAGCAGGCAGAGACCCACUUUCGGGACCAGUUCCAGCUGGAGAAGCUCAAGUUCCUGCAGAACUACACAUGCUUGGACAGGCAAGCCCUGGAGCAGUUUGUACAGGUCCUCAUGGAAGCAUGGGAAAAAGGGGUCAACCCAGAAGGAAACUCUACAAAUCCCAGUAACUGGGACUUCAGCAACUCCUUCUUUUUUGCAGGAACUGUUGUCACCACUAUAGGUUAUGGUAACCUAUCCCCCAGCACAGUGGCAGGGCAGAUCUUCUGUGUGUUUUAUGCCUUAUUCGGCGUGCCCCUCAACCUGGCCUUCCUUAAUCAGUUGGGGAAAGGCCUCAAUGCUCAUCUGAUUACCCUGGAAAGAUGGGUGCAAAAGCCAGGCCGUGCCCAGGUGGUUCAAACACUGGCAGCGGCCAUCUUCCUGACCACUGGGACCUUGCUUUUUCUAGUGUUCCCACCACUGGUCUUCAGUUACGUAGAAGGCUGGAGCUAUGGAGAAGGCUUUUACUUCACCUUCAUCACCCUGAGCACCAUUGGAUUUGGGGACUAUGUAGUAGGCACAAACCCCAACAAGCACUAUAUCCCAGUAUACCGGAGCCUAACUGCGAUUUGGAUUGUUUUUGGCUUGGCCUGGCUGGCUCUGGUCUUCAACGUGGGAGCUGACUUGAUGGAAAAAUUCCUUCAGCUAAAGUGGUACAAGCCUGACUUAAGCUUGGCAGAAGGAGCGACCACCAAAUUGGAAGAUGAACCUGAGCAGCCUAGAAUCCACAUCCCUAGCUGA